GCCGUCCCGCCGGCCCCAUGGAGGCCCCGGCCGCCCAGCCUGUGAAGCAGGAGUGCCGGGCCGCCGAGGGCCUGACCCUGGACUCGCCGUGGCACCGCUUCCGCCACUUCCACCUGGGCGACGCCCCGGGCCCCCGCGAGGCUCUGGGCCUGCUGCGCGCCUUGUGCCGGGACUGGCUGCGGCCCGAGGUGCACACCAAGGAGCAGAUGCUGGAGCUACUGGUGCUGGAGCAGUUCCUGAGCGCCCUGCCCGCUGACCUCCAGGCCUGGGUGUGCAGCCGGCGGCCCCAGAGCGGGGAGGAGGCCGUGGCCCUGCUGGAGGAGCUCUGGGGACCAGCAAUGAGGGCACCUCGGGAUGCGGCAGAAGGCUCCGGGGUCGGCGUGGGAAAGGAAGACAGUGGGGUGACGCCCUCAGGAGACGCGGCCCCCGGGGCUGAGGAACUGGCGACGGGGGACGCGCAGGCCGCGCGCCCUUACAAGCAGGAGCCGGGCAGCCCCCAGCCAGCGCCACCGCCCCCACCGGCGCCCGGCCUGCCCGCCUUCCUGGCGGCCCCGGGCUCCGCGUCCUGCCCCGAGUGCGGCAAGGCCUCGCUGAAGCCGGCGCACCUGCUGCGCCAUCGGCAGAGCCACUCGGGCGAGAAGCCGCACGCCUGCCCCGAGUGCGGCAAGGCCUUCCGGCGCAAGGAGCACCUGCGGCGCCACCGCGGCACGCACCCCGGCGGCCCGGGGCCGGCCCUGCGCCCGCUGCCUGCGCGCGAGAAGCCGCACGCCUGCUGCGAGUGCGGCAAGACCUUCUACUGGCGCGAGCACCUGGUGCGCCACCGCAAGACGCACUCGGGCGCGCGGCCGUUCGCUUGCUGGGAGUGCGGCAAGGGCUUCGGGCGCCGCGAGCACGUGCUGCGCCACCAGCGCAUCCACGGGCGCGCGGCGGGCGCGGGCGGGGCGGCGGCGCCGGGCCCCGAAGGCGGGGGUCCCUUCCCGCCCUGGCCGCUGGGGUAGCCCCCGCCCCGCCGUGCAACCCCUCCCGUCCCUCACUGGCUCCUCUGCCCCCUGUCUCUCUCCUCCACCGGCCCCUCCUUUGUCCGAACCUCCUGGUGCCCUAGAGCUCUCUGUUCCUUCCCAAGUCUCACUUUAUGUCCCAAACCUCACUCCUGUUCGGAUCUCACGCCGUCCUCGUCCUCACAGUCGCUCCCACCCGUAGAAGGAGACUCCACAGUCCUUCCCUCUCCUGGUUGGGGGCCGGGCUGUCCAGGAGCCUAGAAGAGGAGCGCAGGGCAGGAGCGGCAGGCGGGACCCCUGGUCUAGAGGAGGCUGGAGGAAGGGGACUGCGUCUUGUCACCAGGAGACACCCCCCAGGGCGGAGUGGGGGACGGCUCCGACAGGACAGACCUGGGUUCUGGCAGGGGGCUCCCUGGUCUGGCUUGUCUCUCUGCGAGCCAGAAGGCGUGGGAUGGACAGAGAUGCCUGCCCGUGGGAAGCGCGUCAGAGACAGUUCACCAGCAUCUGGAGAGUAAUAAAGCCACUGAUAAGUUGUGCAGACCCCGAGUGCCCUGCGUUCUGUCCUGGGGGCCGCCCUCCGCAAGCUGCCCAGGAUGGGAGGGGCAUUGUGAGCCCCACCUCAGACCCUCCCUGCUGGCAGGGCCCUGGGAGCCUGGGCCCAGGGGGCUGGUUCCUUGUCCUUGAGCCUAGAGAUGAGCUGAACCCCGUGAGAGGUGAGAGAGAUGAGUUCUCGCGGGGGUCUGCACUGUGGGGGAAAUGCAGGCACACGCCGCCUUGUGGCGCCCACUCACUGCCCCAGGAGCCGGUCUCCCUCCUUCCACCUCACACAGGCCGGACUCAGCCCAGCACCCAACGGCUUGGCUUGGAGUCUUGGCCUUAACAGCUCCCAGGCUUCAUGAUGUCAGGCCCCUGAGAAGGGGCCCAUUCUGGAAACUAAGUGAGGGAAUGACUGCCAACGCUUGCACUGCCGGGCCAGCAGAAGCAGUGAGUGUCACACCUGGUGACGGGCCGUGCCUUCCUCCAAGGCUCGCACGGCGGCCGGGGUCGAGGUGGGAAGGAGAAGCCGGGAGGCUGAGAUGGAACAGAGAGACCCUCUGCACGGCGGUAGGAAGCAGGUGCCCUGCUGCUGCCGGCGCAGGCGGGCGCAGGCAGAACCAGCUGGCAGGACUCCAGAUUCUGUAGCGUGUCAGCAUCGUCCGUGGUGGACUCACGCCCUGGCCCCCACCCCACCCCCAUAAACUGCCGUGCUCGGCCACACACACGAGCGCGUGUGGAGCCCUGUGCCUCGCAAGGCUGUUCGGACGUCCACCCUGGGAGAGGGGGAGGAGGAGGUGCGCGCACACUGUUCAGGAAGAGUCGUCCAAAACCCGGAAAAGGGGUGAGAAUUCAGCUGUGCGACCUUAUCAGAUCAUGCUAGAGUGUUAAGACAACAACAACAAAACCCCGAGUUUCCUGUAACUCCUUGCAGAUGAAACUGUGUCGGGCUAACAGUUGUUUGGAGAGGGCUUGGUUCACCACUCCUGUCAAGUCAGAGGUUAACCCGAGCACAGCGAGGUGGGUGCGGGGACCGGGUUUAUUCUGUCUGGCAGACAGAGCAGCCGGGUGUGGCGGCUGACAGCCUGGUGCCGCAUGAACCAGUUUUGUUUUUGUUUUUUUUUUUUUUUGCGGUACGCGGGCCUCUCACUGCCGCGGCCUCUCCCGUUGCGGAGCACAGGCUCCGGACGCGCAGGCGCAGCGGCCACGGCUCACGGGCCCAGCCGCUCUGCGGCACGUGGGAUCUUCCCGGA